AUGCCACUUCCUACUCAAACCGACGUUGAUUCCAUUCUUGAGAUCCUCAGGCGCUUUUCUAAUCACCAAGAUCCGAAAGGUGUCGAUGGGGCUGUUCCUUAUGAAGCUGUAGCAGCUGAGAAAAUCGAGAACUUUAGGGCCGCAAAGAAACCAGUCUCACUCCUUCUACCCGCUUUCCCAUGGAAAUCGCCAAACCCGCAGAAGACUUUAUCUAAGAGUCCUGAUUUGGGAGAGGAACUUGGUUUGAUUAGACUGAACCAACUUUGCAAAGAGCUGGCUGCAGUCUUUCCCUACGGAGCACAUAUAACCAUAAUUUCUGACGGUUCUGUAUACAAUGAUCUUCUUGGCUAUCCAGACGAAGAUGUAUUCAGCUAUGGACAAGAACUGCGAGAUAUGGCGUGUGAAAAUGGUCUGACAUCUAUCUCUUUCAUGCGGUUGAUCGACGUUCUUGGUCUCAACGACGGCAACGCCAUCUCCAAAGAGGUCUUUUUGAGUAUCGCUCCAACCUGCCGGAGAGAGCUUGAAAAGGGAUUCCUGGAUCCGAAUUUCAAUAUCGAGAGGGAAAUCAAAGAUCAUCCCGACACCGCAUUGACAUAUCGGGGUUUUGUCAAGGGCGCCUACGACGACCUCCGAUGGGGACCUAAUAUUCCUGAAGCUGUCAAAUCGAAUGAAGACAUGUACCAGGCCGAGGCACGGCGAGUUGGAGAGCAAAUGACACGGCGACUAAUUGUGAGAAACCGCACUUCCAUUGCCCGACGACCCCUUACUGACACAUGUACACAACAGGCCUAUGAAAGAGCACUGGAGUUCCGAUUUCCAGAUAGCAUCAGAAUCUCGAUUCACCCAUCGACCGGAACUUCAAAGUUUUCUAUACCUCUGAUACCUCAACCUGACUGUUUUGGUCUCACACCAUGGCACUCUUGCGUGCUGGUGACCGCCCAAGGAGACAAUCGCACAACGUGGGUCCAGCACGUGACAGAUGCCGAAAAGUAUGAGGUUAUUAAUAGGAACGGCAUACCUUACUUUUUUAAGGUUCUCAGUGGAUGUGGCUGA